AUGCAACCUCAGCAGCGCCUUCUCAAUUCGAAUGAGCAGUCGUCACGCAAGAAACCGUCGUCGCGUCCUUCCACCGCUCCUUCUAACUUCGCACAUGUUUUCGACGAGAACGCCCUUCCGACAAAGAGGCAGCUGCUAGAUGCAGCGUCUUGUGUUGUCGUGGCCGAAAACGGCAUUAGGGUUCCAUUUGGCGACCUCUUCCGGGAACAGAAGACAGUCGUUAUAUUUAUCAGACACUUUUGGUGUCCGCUGUGCCAAGACUAUAUGUUUUCUAUCGCCAAUACUGUAGAUCCACAAGUACUCAAGCAGUCCGGAAUCAACCUUGUCAUCAUCAGCAAUGGCUCGUACAACAUGAUCAAGUCUUACCGACAAAUCUUCCGGACGCCCUAUGCAGUGUAUACCGAUCCGUCUUCUCGUAUCUAUGGCAUUCUUGGGAUGACUGUGAAGGCGGUCGAGUCAAAAGCAGAGCAACGGCGCAGUAGCUACGUCCGACAUAGUCGCGCGGGAGGCAUUGCCAUGGUGAUUGCAAAUGCUCUGCGUGUCGGCAUGCCUGUUUGGGAGAAAGCUGGCGAUCCUACUCAGCUUGGUGGCGAGUUCGUCCUCGGGCCAGGAAUGACGGCAUCGUAUGCGCACCGAAUGCGAAGUCGCAGCUCACAUGCGCCUAUCGUUCGGGUGCUCACAGCUGCAGGGGUGCAUGUUUAUCUCCGUAGUGAGAAGCCGAAAUCUGUCAUCUCAUCUGAUCCCGCCGGCCGGGCCUCUCUUGUCCUUGAGGUGGAUGAGGAACAAUGGAUGGAGGAGCGACGCCGAAGUCUUGCCAGAAUCCGCGAGCGGAAACAGGCUCGGAGAUUAGGUGUCUGCGUACCUCCCAGCGACGACUCCAGCUUUGAGCAAGAUACGGAACGUCAGAUCAGACAUGUUGCGAGUCACAUGACUCGAACUGACAGCAUUGCGGAGGAAGAUGAGGAGUAUGUUAUUCCGAUCAUGAGGCCAAAGGCUGGAGACAGCAUCAGCAGCCCUCUGCGAGACACUGAUGUUGAUGAGCCGAGCGAUUCUACUGAAGAUGAUGACACCGACGAUUCAUCUGUAGAUACGCAGUCAAUGACGGGCUCCGACACUGUAUCUGAGAAAGGACAUGUUGGGCUGAGCAACAAAUCUGGCGCUGUCGAAUUUAUUCAUGAUCUUUCUCCACCCAUACCGCUCCUUAUCUGA